AUGGCGCCGGUAUCUCAGAUAUGCCUCUCUCUGCUGGCGUGGAUGCUUUUGCCGGUAUUGGGUCAAACGGCGAAGCCCGUCUAUGCGCACUUCAUGCUCGGUAUCGUCGAAAACUACACCAUAUCAGACUGGCACGUCGACAUGACCCAAGCCAAAGAGAUUGGCAUCGACGGGUUCGCCCUAAACUGCGCUCCAGCCCGCAUCGACAGCUACACCCCCAAACAACUCGCAAACGCCUACCAGGCAGCCCAAGACCUCAACUUCACCGUCUUCAUCUCCUUUGACUUUGCGUACUGGUCCACGGCCGACACCGCAGAAAUCACCUCCAUCGUUGGUAACUACAGCGCGCACCCGGCCCAGGCGCGGUACGACGGUGGAUCCAUCGUGAGCACCUUUGUCGGCGACAACAUGAACUGGACCGCGGUGAAGAAUGGCAUGCCACCCGGACAGAAAGUUACUGCUCUCCCUAUGAUCCAAGAUCCAGCAUGGCUUUCUGUUGCGAAUACGGGGCUCGAUGGCGCGUUUUCGUGGUAUGCGUGGCCGACGGAUGGGGGUAAUAGUAUCAUUCCCGGUCCGAUGACGACUAUUUGGGACGACCGGUAUCUAGCAAAUUUGGGGAGUCGUCCGUACAUGGCUCCCGUUUCGCCCUGGUUCUCAACUCACUUCAACACCAAGAAUUGGGUCUUCAUCACGGAAGAGCAGCCCACCAUCCGCUGGGAGCAAAUGCUUGCUAUGAAGCCUGCACUCAUUGAAAUCAUCAGUUGGAAUGACUUUGGUGAAAGUCACUACAUCUCCGGCUCACAACCAAAUCACUCCGACGACGGCUCCUCCGCCUGGGCAACCGGCUUCCCCCACGACGCCUGGCGCACCCUUAUGAAGCCCUAUAUAGCAGCCUACAAGUCCGGAGCCGACAAGCCCACCGUUGUCAAUGACGAGCUGGUCUACUGGUACCGCCCAACGCCCAAGAACACGGUAUGCACAAACGACACCCUCGGCGCCCCCAACGGGAUCCAGUACCUCGCCGACGCGGUCUUCGUGGCCACGAUGCUUACGGAGCCCGCCACGCUCACCGUCACCAGCGGCGGCCAGGCGCCGGUCACGGUGCCCGUUGGCGCGGGGAUUCAGACCACUAACUUCACCAUGGGCAUCGGUGCCCAGAAGUUCUCAGUAGCCCGGAACGGAGUUCCGAUUCUCGGGGGCACGAGCAGCAAGGAGAUCAGCGGUGCUUGUCAGAAGUAUAACUUCAACGCCUUUGUGGGCUCUCUCAAAGCCUAA